AUGAAAUUGGCCGAAGUACCAAUGCAGGAUUUAAUUUGUAGGGAUAUCAUAGAAUUUUGUUAAAUUAGUUAAAACUUCUUUCUUACUUAUAUUGAUUAAUAAAUUUUAACAGAAUUUGACAAUAAUUGGAACUAACUUUGAUUAGGUUCUAGAUCAGUGUAACUAGAACGCAAUUAAAUGUCGCAAUAUGAAAGUAUCUAACUGAUGAUCCUGAUGAUCACCACGUGAGGUCGAAGUGUGUAACAGAAGAAACUUACAGAGAGAUUUCUGAAUUUCUGAAACAGUGCGCCACAUAUAUCUUAGUGUGUGUGUUUUGAUGUUUGCUGGUGUUAUGGGAAAAUUAAAAGAUUUGUUAAAUAAAAGGUUUUUUCGACAUGGCCUACCCUUCAUAAUUUUUGUGCUUGGUGGGUCAGUUGGACUGAAAGAAUUUACAAGUCUAAGGUAUGACUUUUCAAAGCGAUCUCCAGUAAACCCUGAAAUGGCAGAAAAACAUGGAGUCAAAAUGAGAAAGCCUGGUGAAGUUACAUUAGAAAGUGAAUUUGAAAAAUUAAAGAAGCUUGAUAUUGACAAUUGGAGCAACAUUCGAGGACCUCGGCCAUGGGAAAGUAAUGAACAGCAAAGAAAGUCUGUGCCGUCGUCGUCAUCAUCAUCAUCAUCAUCAUGAUCAUAGUAGAAUGUUGAGAUGCUUCUGAAGAUUAGACAGACCUGUGUGCAUUAGACAAGAAUUCCUUUUCUGUUAUGAUAAUACUCUGUGAACUGAUGGAUUACUCCAUAUAAGGUGAAAAGUGUUUGUCUGUGUUUGCAGUAUUUUGUAAUCAUUACAAUUCUAAUAUUGUGAUGUACCUAAAUAUUAAUCCCAAAAGAUCACGGCUGCCACUGAAAUAGUUUCACCAGCAAAGACUACCUUGUUAAAUAUCUGUUUCUUUGGUACACAUAAGGUUAAGGUUUGCAUCAUCUCUGUAUUUGCUUUUCAACACACAAAGGAAUUUUAUCAUAGAAAUUUAUAGGCAAGUUACCUAAUCUCCCAACAUAUACUAUUUUAUGCACUUACUUUAAGUCUGGCUUCAGUUACUUACCAGUAAUCCUUAACAUAUAUCAUCAAUUAUCUUCACUAAAUUAAAGGAAAAUAUAUUUUCUUAAAUUUCUCAAGCAAAUGCAUUAAUGAUUGCUUUCAUCCAUAUUCUUUUGAGUUCAUAACUUGCCACGAAGUUCCUACAUAAUGUUGUGUGGCAUCUGUAGUUGAAAAAGCAUCAGUAAAUAAAAGUGAAGUGCAGGAAA